AUCGCCGGUGCGCUGUGUCCCUCGGACACAGCGGAUCACGGAAAGAGCCGAAGAUGUCGGCUCGGUCAUGUGAUCAGCUGUGUCCAAUCACAGCUGAUCACAUGGGACAUGUACACUGAUGAUCAGGGCACUGAUGAUCAGUGUGCCCUGAUGAUCAGUGUGGCCCCAGAAGUGCCACCUGUCAGUGUCCAUCAAUGCCAGCAGUCAGUGCUCAUCAGUGCCACGUUCCAGUGCCCAUCAGUGUCACAUCAAUGCCACAUAUCAGUGCAUACCAGUGCACAUCAAUGCCACAUAUCAGUGCCCAUCUGAGCUGCCUUUCAAUGUCACCCAUCAGUGCCAGUCAGUGCCACCUAUCAAUGUCAAUCAGUGCCACAUAUCAGUGCUGUCAAUCAGUG